AUUAGACGGAUCCGAUUGUCUAAAAUCUCAUUUAACCUUAACCUGACUCAAUCCACCCAUGUACUCAUAACUCGGUAGGAAAUGAAAAAAUAAUUGUAAUUUCUGGCCAAAACGACGAGCGACGAAACAUCCAUCAAUCAGACAUUCAUCGCAGAUCACCCAGAACUAAAAGAAUCCCAAUUCAAAUUUUGCAUUUUUUCUGGGAUUUAUUUGAUCGUUCUCUCGAUUUGAUCCAUAAGUCAGAGAGAAAUCUAGGAUUUUUAAAGUAGGAAAAGGGGAAAAGAAAGAUGGGUUUUUUCGUUACAACAUUAAUCUUCGUUGUGAUUGGGAUAAUUGCUUCCCUGUGUACCAGAAUUUGCUUCAACAGAGGCCCUUCUACUAAUCUGUUUCACCAGACACUGGUUAUUACAGCUACAGUUUGCUGUUGGAUGAUGUGGGCUAUUGUAUAUCUUGCACAGAUGAAGCCCCUCAUUAACCCGAUACUAAAUGAAGGAGAAUAAGCUCGGCAGUUGCACGAUGAUUAGAAAGAGUGCUUGUCUAGAUAUCACAUGUUAUCAUUUUUCCGAAUGUCAGAGGAACGCGUUGAGAGUCGUGCGAUGGCAGCGAUUUGAUUUCUCGUGGAUUUGUAUGUAUUUUAUUAUUGCAGAGAACAUCCAAAUCCGUUUCUUUUUUUCAUUUUUAAAUCUUCCCGUCAUCAAUCCACUCGUUUGAUUUGAUGAAGCUUCUUUGUGGAUGAAAUAAUAAUCAAUUGGUAGAACAUAUCAAUACAAUAUAUAUUCAACCUUUAUUUCUUUAUUCUUGCUAUCAAAACAUUUGGGUUUAAGCCAAGAGAUGCCGAACUAUUGGCUUUGUGUG